AUGGCAAACUUCGACUCAAAUAAAUGGUACCAGCUAAGCAUAGGGUUGAGCGCAAGCCAUCUGCUCUCCAUGUGUGGUAUGAAUCUGUCUACGACCGGGGGUGACCCAGGUUUGGGCGCUGCAUACUUCGGAGCAACAAACUCGUCGGAUGCUAGCCAACAGUGGCAGAUCCACCCAGUCCAUACUUCCACCACCUACGUCCUGCGCACGAAGGCCUCCGGUCCGCAGCAAGGGUACUUGGGCACCCAGAUCGGCCUAGACGAGACCACCCCGGGCAGUACCUGGCCGCGCAUGGCGUAUUAUGGCCUCAGCGACACAUCGAUGUACUGGCAGAUCGCACCGUGGGGCGACGGGACGUUUUACAUGACGAACGCGGCAAACGGGACGGAAUGGCAUUUGGAAUCUGAGGGGAACGGGCAUAUUGUGAUGAGUUCGGAUGGUGAGGCGCGGAACAACCAAGCAUUUUCUUUCAAAGCUAUGGGCGAGAUCAAUGAUGCUGUGUUCUCAACGGUAGAUGCUCCUGGCGUGACAGUCACUUCGACACCAAGUACUGCUCCAGCAUCUCCACCUGCAUCUUCCACUUCGGCCAUGUCAACGAACACGAGCACUGCUGCAACCACAGCGGCCACUCCAGCUCCAAGUACUACUGCAAUCUUUGGAUCCGCAGCUUCCGGCUCGCGUGGCCUAUCUACCGGAGCUUCUGCAGCCACUGGUGCAUCUGUCGGGGCCAUUGCUCUGGCUGCAAUCAUAAUUAUGGUAUGGUUCCUACUUCGGAGACGAAGGCGAGCAGCCCAGCAGGCCCACGGAGAUGUCAAGUGCCUACCGCAGGAGACAGAGGGUUCCCCCACGCAAGAAGUAGAUGGAUCCCGCUCUAUACAAGAAUUACCGAUACCAAACUCAGAGACGAAGUACGAAUUGGCCGUGACACCAUCCGAGCUUUGUGGAGAUGAAGUACCAGAGAGGAUAGUAGAGGAGUGUGAAAGUGAAGAUAAAAAAUGUUGUGUGGACUGAUCUCAAAGGUCGGUCUAGGGGUUUCUUUUUAGUCACAGGACCAAUAUUCUUAAAUCAACACUCCCCUUACGUUUUUGGAAGCUAUUGCAGCGCCGAAUAUUGCACGGUUUACAGGCACUGCAGCAUUGCACACGAUGGAGCCUUUUGGAAGUUGAAAAAUCAAUAGCGUAGCAGCAAUCCAAAUAGCAUAUACAAAAAUACAAGCAGUAUUGGAAACC